UUUUUAAUAAUUAGUUUUAGUUUUGAUUUAAAUACAUUUUUGCUUAGAUUCCACUAAGGACAGCUAUUAUUCUAAAUUUGGACUUUUUUCCUAUUUCCUUUUCACUUUUUAUGUUGAGUUUAUAUCAAUACACACUAUUUUCUUAUCCGAACAUAUUUUGUCAGCUAGUUUUGUCAUUCAAAUUUUAGUAUUUACCAACCAAAAAAAGGGUGAUUUGAACAAUUUCCUGUAUAAACAAAUAUGGGAGGGUGGUGCAUUUAUUUUGAAGGGCAUGAGCGGAAGUCGUCGUAAACUGACUUUUGCUUGACCGCGGUGAGUAAACGUGCGGGCUGUCUGUCUUGCAGUGAUGUUAGGCGCUCUGUGUAGACUCAUCCUUCUCGAUCCUUUCUCGAGCAUCGUCCACAGCUCCCCAUCGGGUCCCCGUCAGUGACCGGAAACGAGCGGAAGUCUCGGACUGAUCACCGGCUCGCUGAGUGAGCGCGCGCGUGUGUGUGUGGACCGGACAGUCGGCACAAUGGCUGAUGAUUUGGGGGAACCUCUCUAUCACACAGACAACAGGUCCUGUAGAUAACCCCCUCUAUCAUCAUCAUCAUCCUCUUCCUCAAAGCCCACCGUAACGUCGUCCUGCGUGUCGCGUGAGGGACACUGCUGCGUGAAGCAGAUUGUUGUGUUAUCUCCUGGUUGGGUUGUGAGACAUCUGGCAUCAACACAGCACGUGAAGUGUGGCUGGGGGGCCUCAGCAGGAUGGAAAUAGAUGCCUGUUUUCGCUACUACUUCCAGCACCCGUGGUCUCGCCUCAUCAUAGCUUACCUGGUCACUUUCUUCAACUUCCUCAUCUUCGCCGAGGACCCCAUCUCUCACAGUCAGACUGAAGCCCAUAUGAUUGUGGUGGGCAACUGCUUCUCCUUCCUGUUCAACAAAUACCCCAGCCUCGGGUGGAACAUCCUGAAAGUAAUAUGCUGGAUAUUGGCCAUUAUCACUGGCCUGCUAGCCGGGAAGUUUAUAUUCCACCGCCAGCUCUUUGGUCGAUACCUGCGCCUGAAAAUGUUCCGCGAGGAUCAUGGCUCCUGGAUGACCAUGUUCUUCAGCACCAUCCUCUUCCUCUUCAUCUUCUCACACAUCUACAACCUUUUCCUGCUGAUGGCCGGGAAUAUGGAGCCUCACAUGGUGACAGAAUACAUGGGAAUCAGGAAUGAGAGUUUUAUGAAGAUUGCUGCCGUGGGGACGUGGAUGGGAGAUUUUGUCACCGCUUGGAUGGUGACAGAUAUGAUGCUGCAGGACCAACAUUACCCAGAUUGGGGAAAAGCUGCCAGAAAGUUCUGGAAACGAGGCAACAACAGGAUUGUUCUGUUCUGGUCAGUGCUCAUUUCCUUGACUUCCGUCGUAGUUCUGGUCAUCAGCACCGACUGGAUCAGCUGGGACAACUUGAACCGAGGCUUCCUGCCCAGCGACGAGGUCUCCAGAGCCUUCCUCGCCUCCUUCAUCUUGGUCUUCGACCUUCUUAUUGUAAUGCAGGACUGGGAGUUUCCUCACUUCAUGGGAGAUCUCGAUCUCAAUCUGCCUGGAAUGUCCACAACACACGUAAAGGUCAAGCUUCCCGUCUGCAAGAGCAUCUUUAAGGAGGAGUACCACAUUCACAUCACAGGCAAAUGGUUCAACUACGGCAUCAUCUUCCUGGUGUUGAUUUUGGACCUUAACAUGUGGAAGAACCAGAUCUUUUACAAACCCUAUGAAUACGGUCAAUACGUUGGGCCCGGUGAGAAGAUCUACACUGUGGAAGAGCCCGAGACUCUGGGGAACUUCAACCACAGCACGCUCACCUACGAGUGGCGCUCCACCAACAUCGACCCCGCCACCAACAUGACCUACGUGGACCGAGACAUGUUCCUGCACAGCCGGUACACCGGGGCCAGCCUGGACAUCAAAUGCCUGGCUUUCAUCCCCAGCCUUGCCGCGUUCGUCCUCUUUGGCUUUUUCGUCUGGUUGCUGGGCCGGUUUCAAGGCAGCGAGACCUUCCCGGAAAACCAGGACAAGUCGUACGAGAGGAUUAAGAAGAAAUCGCCCUCCGAGUACAGCAAGGAGAUGGGAGUGACGCCAGAGGAGACGCACUUCACAAUGAGCGACAGCCUGAAACGACUGGGAACGCCGAUGCUGCUGUCGGUGGACUCGCCUCACUUUGGGGCCACGCCUUCUACGAACUCAACCAUCUCCAUGGAAACCCAAGAGACUCACCCGAGCAUCGCCAUCGACAGCUCAGCUCUGGAUGGACCAGCUGUGUUUUUUGAUGUCCACAGACUCUCUCCAUGACUCUGACACGACUGAAUUUGCAUAAUUAAGAGAGAAAUGUCAUAAGGAAAAUUGAAGGAAAGCCUGAUAGGCGUUGCAGACUCCCAAUUUUCUAUUUUUGUAGGAAAACCUUUGUAAAAGACUCUUUAUUAGCAGCUAUUUUGAUGUGACGUGUGCAAUGACCCCGAAAAUCUUUUGUAGCAUCGAACCUGCGAUUGACCUGGUGCUUGCUUUGCAUUUUCAUAACUCGAUUUUUGUCAUCAUAAACUAACGGGUGCCUAUACCAGAGCAGUGUUUAAAAAAAAAAAAAAGAAAUAUGACAGCUACAGUUGUGCCUUGAUUUCAUCCAUUUAAACUCUGCAAAUAUCCAUAUUCAAAUAGCCUUUACUGCUAUAGUCAACAGUGUUCUCCUUGAUAAAGUCUUCUAUACCGAUUCCUGCAUAAUAUUCACAUAUCUAAUAUACACUUAUUACCUCAUUCAAUCUUCAUAUUCAGCCACUUUAAUUUCUCCUCCAGUGAUUUCUCUCUCAAUCUAGUCUAAAUGCACAUCUCAUGUUGGAAUUACAUGAUUAUCAACAUCGAUGUAUGCUGAUGACCUUUUCGUGUGCCCUCACUUGAUAUCAGUUUUGGAGAUAAUAAAUGUAAUCAGCAGAGAUGAAAUGGCAAGCCAACAAACCGCUGCAUGAUUGCUAAUGCGCCUGCUGCUCCUUCUGUUGCAUACCAAGAGUGAGGAAACGGUCUGUUUCUGGUUGCAACAGAAGUGGAAGCUGGCGUCUUAUUGAAAGGUCACAAAUUCAACACGUCUCCUGGUCGUUUUGACAGGUAAACAAGUUAGUACCUUAUGGAAACCAUGUCAACUUGCUUUAAAAGCUUUUCUGUAUAUUUAUUUUGUUGUGCAUAAUGUGUCCUUAAAAUAUUUUUUUACAGUGCAAUUUUCUUGAAUUGUUAUUGACCUCGUGUUUGUGUGCUGAAUUUUUAUGCUACGUUCACAUCGGGCAUGAACGGCCUGAACGUGGGUUAUCUAAAAGCAGUGCAAAUCUCACAAACCUUGCUCCAGGUUUUUUUGUUUUCUGCACAGCUCUAUACCGAUAUAUAAGACUUGGUGUCAUAGAAUUCCGUCCGGGAACAAACCGCAAUAGGCGUCUGACAAAAUGGCGGCAUCACAGCACGUAAAUUUUACGCUUACAAUAAAAGGUAACCUUACCAACUGUAACAGAAAGUUGUACAAUAUUUAGUUAAAAAUGUCCUACCCAACUGUAUUUUUAUUUCCUCUCAUAGAUUGUUCAUAAAACACAAAUCUCAGUAAUCCGCCUGGAGAAUCCCUUAUAGCUGCUUCCUUAAUUUCUUAUGGAUGAUAUUAAACAAGUUCGGAUUAUUUAUCUCUUACAACCUGGUCAAAGUUAGAUGAAAGUUACAAGAACUUCAUUGAAUGUUUGAUUAUAAAGGUAAAUAUGAUUUGAUUCUUCUAAUUUAUGCUAACGCUAGCAUUAGCUUUAGAGAUGAGACGUAGAGCUGCAGAACAUUUUUUUCUGACCAUUUAAAAGUAGCUUAAAAGUAGCUUCUGUUCUCACAAACUCACUCAAAACAGAGCAAAAGUAAGACAAUUUAAACGUGUCUUACAAUAAAGAAAAACAAAUUACUGCUGCGUUAUUUUCUAACAUUCCUCUCCUUUACUUUUGCUCAUAACGGGGUCCGAUCUGCAGGAAAAUAAAGGGAAAAAAUUAUCAAAUUAAUUGGAAACUGUUGCCAAAAAAUAUGAAAGUGACUAUUGUACAGCUAGUGCCGAACUUUUUCUCCUGGCCGCUCUUAUUUUGAAAGCUGAAAAUACUUGCCGCUUGCCAACCAUAUCUGUUUUUUUACAAUUAUCCCCUGAAAUAUCCCAUAAAACAACGACAAAAUUCUGCCUUUGAUGCAAUUACAAUGCGUGCGAGCACGUGUGACCAACCUGAAUUUUCAUCAGUUUUUGUGCUUGAUCACACUUAAAAUAGUUGCAAAUAGCAUUAGCCAAAACAGAAACUGUAAGAAUAACAUUAGCUUAAGUGAAAGGUUGAUAUUUUCAAUAGAACUUUAAAUAUUAGACGAUAUAUUUUUUUUUAUUUUUGAACAAUCUUGGAGAGGAAAACAAAUACAAUCAAGUAGGACAUUUAUAAAAUUAAUAUUGUAGAUUUUUUGUUACAAUUUUUAAGUUUACCUUUUAAUGUUUACAUAAAACUGUGUUAAUCAGCGUUCAGUUCUCCACUUUUCUGGUCUAAUCCCGUAAACCAGAAGUCACUUUUUUGUCUGACGUCAACAUGAAAAUGGUCUAAUAUUAAUUUCUCCUCUAUGAUCAGUUUUCAAACGCUUCUGUCAAUGAAAAGGGACGCUACCCAAACAUCACUACUAAAGCUGAGUCCCUGAUUGGUCAAAGUUUAGCACACAUUCAUUUGUGACGCGUUUAGUACGGAGAGCUAGAAAACACAGGAGCCUAAAACACAUAUACCCAUUUAUAUAGACUUUUCCUUGGAAACGCGAGCUAGAAUGCGCAUUUCCGAGCCUGGUGUGAACGUAGCAUUAGAGCUUUAUAAGAUAAAUCUGGAACCAAAGAUGCUAGUUAUACAGUAUUUUGAACUUAUGAGUACUUACAUUAAAGGCUUUCUAGAAAGAACUAUUUGCAUUACCUUUACUCCGCAGUGUGUUCACCCAACAGCUAGAAAACUGUCUUUGCCAACCAGUAUGAAUUACGAAGCAUUUUAUAAUAUUGAGGUAUACAGAAUAAACGUACAAAGUUUUCUGUUUGUUGUAUGUAUAGGUAGAUUACACACAGUGUACUAUUCAGCAAUGAUACUGCUUGUUACUGUCCUAAUAUAAAAUAUGGGAAUGAUGCACCACCUCUGUAGCCUGCUAAUACACGUAAAUGUUCGACCAAUUAAAUGGCAAAUAUAUUUAUACAAAAAAGUAAACACACCAAAGUUAAGGUAACAAUUAUAAGAAUAUUUAUUAGUUUGAGACUAAUUUCACUAUUUAAAAGGUCUGUGGUUUUAUUUAUUGCUAUGAAAAAUGUACCUUUACAUGGCUCAGUCAGACUGGGACGCCCAGAACUGAGUCACUCUGUCAGUGCAUGGGGAUGCGUUCACUAAAGAUAACAGUGUUUGUUCUGCGUGUGCGCCCGCGAGUGUGUGUGGAUGUUUGUGAAGUGCUGCAAAACUUGUUUUCAACAGGGGGACGCUCUGUGAAGACUUCCAUUUAUUUAGCAUAAUUGCUUUGCUGCUCUUGGUUUUUGCAAUUAUCUUUUAAAUACACUGAAGAGAGAUCAGAUGUAAGUGUUUUAGUCGAAAAGGGGAACCUGCUUUGGUUAUGAAGAGGUUUGUACUUUGUUCAUUUACAAUGUUUCUCACCAAUUUGUUUAAUUGAUCCUCUGUUUCUGUAACUUUGUGAAUGUCAUCUGUUGAUCUUUGUAUGAUAAACUAUUUCAUGUA